CGUUUGGGUUAACCAUAGGUUGGAACUGAUAUAGUUGAAGACGGGUUAAAUGGAAUUAUAUUGAGCAGACAUAGUCUUACUGGGCUUAUGAUAUCUCGCCGCGCUGCUCCUGAUUGCAACAGGGAAUUUGAAGAAUCAGCAAGGGUUUAUUUUGGGGUUUGAAAAUAAGACCAGACACCCGCGUUUGGGUUAUGUCAAGAAAAAGAGAGACCGUCGAAAGAGUCAAGCAAGAGACCAAUUCACCAUGGCUCCUCUAGGGAACGAGAAGAACCAGCUAUAUCUGGGCUUGUUCAUACACAGUGUCAAACUCGGCGAGCUCCAAUAUCUUCAUGACACCGCAGUCUGCGUGGACAAGUCCGGCAAGAUCGUUGCUGUCGAGCAGCAAUACGAUCAGAAGAAAGCCGAGGAGACUUUAUAUCCUAAGCUAGGCUGGAAAACAGACGAUGUCACCGUCACGAUAGCAAAAGAGGGCCAAUUCUUCUUUCCUGGGUUUAUUGAUACGCAUAUUCACGCACCACAGUAUCCUAACGUGGGCAUAUUCGGCAAGUCUACGCUCCUGGACUGGUUAAACACAUAUACUUUCCCCAUGGAAGCAUCCCUCUCCUCACUCCCCAAAGCUCGCAGGGUAUACACACGCUGUAUCCAGCGAACCCUGGCCUACGGCACCACCACCGCAGCUUACUACGCCACAAUCCACGUGCCGUCCACAAACCUGCUUGCAGACCUAUGUCUAUCCCUGGGCCAGCGUGCCUUCGUCGGCCGGGUGUGUAUGGAUAACCUUGGCCCGGACUAUUACCUCGAUGAAUCCGCGUCACAAUCCUUAGCCGCAACACGCGCUACUAUCGACCACAUCCGGAGCAUCGACGCGGACUUCGAUCUCAUAAGCCCCAUUCUAACCCCCCGCUUCGCACCCGCGUGCAGCGUAGACGCCAUGGCCCAGCUCGGCGCUCUGCACAAGGAAACUAACCUCCCGAUCCAGACGCAUAUCGCGGAGAACGUUGACGAGCUCAAGCUCGUGCGGGACAUGUUCCCCGACAGCAAGAACUACGCCGACGUGUACGACCGCUUCGGAUUGCUAGGCAAGCGCACGAUCCUCGCGCAUGCGAUCCACUUAAGCGACGAGGAGGUCGACCUCGUCGCGAGUCGCGGGUCCAAGGUCUCCCAUUGCCCCUGUAGCAACUCGGCGCUGACGAGCGGCGUGGCCCGUGUGCGCUGGCUGCUGGAUAAGGGGGUCGGCGUGGGCCUCGGCACCGAUGUUAGCGGCGGAUAUAGUCCCAGCGUACUCGAUGCCGCGCGCCAGGCCGCUCUCGUGUCGAAUCAUCUCGCUAUGCCAUCGCGAACCGGGGAGAAGCAGAUAGACGCCGAAGCAGAAGACGACCGUGAGCGCGUCCGGCUAAGCGUCGAGGAAGUACUACACUUGGCCACCCGAGGCGGCGCCGAAGUCGUUUGUUUAGGAGAGAAAAUUGGCGGAUUCGAAGUAGGCAAGGAAUGGGACGCACAGCUAAUCGGGCUCGGACUCGUUCCCGACGAAGACGACGGCACGGAAUCAAAACAAGACGAAGACCAAGACCAAGAACACGAUACCGGAAACGUGGAUAUCUUCGGCUGGGAGCGAUGGGAAGACCGCGUCGCAAAGUGGGUAUUCAAUGGCGACGACAGGAACGUGAAGAAAGUUUGGGUGCGCGGACGGCUUGUGCAUCAGCGAAGAUAGAGCGAGCGAGCGAUACUUGGAGCAAUUUCAACUCGGCUUACUUUAGACACGAUAUGCUGUAGAUAGCUUGAUACAUAGACAAAGCCUGUGUUUAUACAUACCUAGGUACCUACCUACAUACCUGGACCUACUGAUUACUCUAAUUUGGUAUGUUAUGGCAUAUAUGUAUUCCUAUUUUCUCCUAGGGUUUAUAGACAGAAUCGCAAUAAUCGAAGGGACGGCACUUUGAUUAAAAUAUGUGUUAUGCGCAACGGGUAUAUAAAUUUCGAUACGAGGAAGAUAUCUCGCUCCUUAGGAGCUCGUUCCGCACUGCAAUGAGCACGGGUACUAAGAUGGACGAUAAAAAAGUCUAAAACACAUCACAUAGUGGUAUCGUCAAUGUAACUAAAGCAGUUAUCCACAUGAAAAGCUAUAGCGCAUCACAACGCGCCAUGUGGCCUGUUAGAAUAACAACGCUCGCAUCUCGGACUAAUGCCGUAGCUAAUACAUAUAUCACA